AUGAGUCAAGGAAGGAGACCAGUGAGAACUUAUCACCACAACUCUAACUACCGUGAUAAUCGUUCAGCUUUAUUCACUGGUGCUCAGUCUUCAGGAAGUUCACCUGCACAACUAAGAGCAAAUUCUACAAAAUACCCAACGAAUACCCAUUUAGAUCUAGAAAGUCAAAAUGAUGAUAAAAUCGAGGGGUUGACAGGAAAAGUAAAACUUUUAAAAGAGAUCACACUUAGCAUCGGUGAAUCAGUGAAGGAAUCUAAUUCACUUAUAAGUUCAAUGGUAUGGUAA